UCGUUUGUGGAAAGCUGUCUUGUGUUGAAGGUUUGCUUACCUGUUUACCACUGGUUUUCACUUAGGCUAUAUUUAUAUUAUUAUAUUAUUAUAUAUUUUGGCGGCUCCAGGCACAACAUGGAGAAGUACGAGCAGGUGUUUUGUUUGGGCAGGGGGGGGGCAGGGGACGUUUUCCUCAUGAGGCACGUAGAGUGCACGAGCCUGCACGCGGUGAAAAGGAUCAAAGUAGAGGACACGAGGGCGUCAAAAACUCAGAGGGCCAUUCUCCAAGAGGCUGAAAUCAUCAGGAGGCUGGAGCACCCUCACAUUGUCAAAUGCAGCGAUGUGUUUGUGAAUGACGGGUUCAUCUGCAUCGUGAUGAACUACUGUGAUGGCGGGACAUUAGACGACAAAGUCAAAGGGAGGAAAACAAAGACGUUUUUCACAGAGGAAACGGUGAUGGGCUGGUUUGUGCAAGUUGCCAAGGCUGUUGAUUUUAUACACAUGUCUAAAAUACUGCACAGGGAUAUCAAAACCUCUAAUGUACUGUUAACAAAGCAAGGUCUGGUGAAGCUGGGGGACUUUGGAAUAUCCAGAGUGAUGACACACACAGCUGAUAUGGCCUCUACAUGUGUCGGUACACCCAGCUACCUGAGUCCCGAGCUCUGCCAGGAUGUCCCAUACAGCUCAAAGUCUGAUAUCUGGGCUCUGGGCUGUCUGCUUUAUGAGAUCUGUGCCCUCCGACCUCCCUUUGCAGCUACAAACCUGCUCAGUCUGUUCUACAAGAUCACUAAAGGAGAGUAUGAUCCUGUGGCAGAGGUCUACUCUGACAACAUCAACUCUUUGAUCAAAACUAUGCUUUGCCUCAUCCCUGAACACAGACCGAGUGCUGCAUGCAUACUCAGCAGUGACUAUGUGCAACAGCACCUAGAAGUCAGUUCACACACAGAGAGUGACUGUGAUAAUACUACUGGAACCAAAGGGGACUUCAUCGACAUGAACAUAGAAGGUAACCAAAGAGACACAGUCAAUACACUACAGCCAGAAGCUCUCAGUGAGUCCUCCUGGUGGGAAGACAAAGGAAACGAUGCCGAGGCAAGUUGCAGUGAUGUGGAGGAGGAGGAAUCUCUUGAUGCUUUGUGUGUUGGACAGAACCAAUCGGAUUGCCUUUACCCUGAAGACUUUGAUGAAGAUGGAAGUUUGUCCUCUCUGGAGGAGCACAGUGAACACUCAGGGUCGCCAAUGAGGAGCGAGUCUGCUGAGCCUCUCGCAGAGGCUCUUGAUGUUUCAGAAGAGGCGGAGUAUCCAGAUGACUUCGAGGAAAUUGAGGUGGAGAAAGAAGACAAGGAUGAAGCAGCUUUAGUCCACUCUGCUUCUCCUGAGCCGCAACACGACGACGUACUGGAGGAGGAAAUUCAACUGUGUGAUGCCGGAGGACUGACCGUCACCCUGAAAGCACUGAAGGAAAAAGAAAUAAAGUGACCAUUAGCAGCUGAAGCAGUGAAAUAGUUACUGAAUAACUCAUUUGUUUUAUGCCAUGGCUGUUUAAAAGGAUAUCAGGCUUUUGGUCAGAACAUUUUCUGCUGCGGUUUGAUCAGAAACUGAAUGUUGAGCAUGUGGGAGCCCGCUGUCUUACAGAACAUUUACUACAUACCAAGAGAACUCUAAGGGCAGUGUUUUACUUCUACAUAAUGUUCAAAACACUCA